CUAAGCAUAAAUAUCAUCUUUAUUACAAAUUUUCAUAUCCAACAACAUUACAGAAUUAUGGAGAACUCGGGUUGCUAUCUACAUGGAGCCAGUGGUAACACCAAGGAAGAAAAUCUUAUACAAAGUGAGGAUGUUCAACUGUCAAAUUAUGAGGAUUCACAGGCAUCACUCUACUUGAAGAAAGAUGGCUCUGAUAAAGGGGUGUUAUCUCCUAAUGCCAGCUCCUAUGCCUCAUCAUCUCAUAUAUUAGCAAAAUCUCAUGAGAAGAUGGGAUCACCAAGGGAUUCGGCUGAGGGUUUAGCAUAUGGAAAAGCUAAUGGGGAAACAAAGUAUUUAAAUUCACGUGGGGCAUCAUAUGGGUCAGAUUCUGUGAGAGGUGUGGCGGCAUCUCGUGGUUCUGGUUUAUCUCCAAGUUCGUCAGUUGGUUCAUUGUCUUCUGAAAAAUUGUCUUUGAAUCCCAAUGCAAAGGAAUUCAAGCUCAACCCUAAUGCAAAGAGUUUUAUUCCAUCACCUGCUCGGCCUCCCACUCCAGUGUCUGAUAGUUCCUUCUAUUUUCCAACUACUGUAAAUACUGUACCAAAUAUGCUUGGCGUACCCAUGACUAUUGAGGUAAGUCAUUCAGAGCAUUUAUUGAAUAUAUAGAAUUACUUAGUUAUG